AGUUUGACCUUUUUAUUGGAGCGUUUUACCACCGGGCGCUGUGGCGGCGACUCCUGCCGCUCUCUUAUGUCUCCACACAGUUUUUAUUAUUUUUUCUAAUUCGGUGCCAACCGACAGCUGGUCAAAAUGGGAGGUAAUGGCAGCACGUCUAAGAAAGUGUCAUUCGGACUGGACGAGAACGAGAAGGUCACAGUAAUUGAAGGAGUAAAGCUCUCAGAGGAUGUGCUUCGGCGGAUAAAGGAAUCUCAGGGGUCUGACAGCGCCAAGCCACCAUCGUCUCCACCAGAUGAUCACCAACAACCAACAACUCCAAAACCAACAGGACCUACCACUACAGAAAUACAGGAAGAAAUCCGCAAAAGCUUUGAGCAUCAACAGGCCCUGGUGCAGGAGCAGUUGGCCAGAUUGGCUCAGAAGGAGAGAGAGACAGGAGCAACCUCAGGCCUGGAUGAGCUGACCCCGGCCCUCCUCAUCGAGAAAGGAAAGGCCCAUGAAGAGCAACAAAAGGCCAAGAUACUGCCAGCAGAUUUGGAUGCCUGGGCCAAACAACUGGGGAGGAAAGAGAAGGAACUGACCACCAUAUCCAGCUUCUAUAAAGAGCAACUAGAAAUACUGGAGAAAAAGAAUGUUGACAACUACAAACAGAUGGCUGAACAGUACAACGAGGCAGCUACUAAAGCUGAGGCCUACAUCCGACCUCGACAGACUGCUUCUGUGUGCAGUGAGCUGCAGGCAAAGGUGCUCCAGUGCUACAGAGAAAAUCCCCAGCAGACCCUGCACUGCUCCAGCCUGGCCAGACAGUACAUGACCUGUGUCCAGCAAGCCAAAAAGGUACAGAAGGUACAAACGCUCAUCUCCAAUUCAAUGGCACAGGCUACGAUGCCCUCGGAUGCACUUGGCAAGUGAACAGCUAACCUGCCCGCCAGCAUAUCUGCUUGCCAGCCGAGCACCAAGAGCUCACUGACGAAUCAUGGCUGAAAAAACCCCAGAAAGCAGGAGCAGAAGAAGGAGAAGAAGUGAAGAAGGAGCGAGCAUACCAGAUCUGUCCAUUUCUCGCAUCCUUCUGUCCUUCUUCUAUCCAUCCAUCCAUUUAUUUGUCCACCAUCACUGAACAACCCCCUCCUCUUUCCCACUCACCGUCCUUCCUGGUUUUUGAGUGUAUUAUCUUGACAUGUCACUCCAGAGUGUAUGAUGUGCUGAUUUAUUGUCGUGUUGCGGCAGCACACCCCUGCCGCCGCUGAAAUAAAUCCCAGUGAUCCGGUGGUGAUGAGACUGCA